AUGUCGCACUUUAGUCAAGUAGUCGUCAUUGGAGCUGGAUUCUCAGGUCUCACCAUUGCCUGUCAGCUCCAGGAGAAAUUAAAACAGUUCGAUUACACGAUAUACGAGCGGUCUGAAGAUGUUGGAGGCACCUGGUGUGCAAAUCGAUAUCCCGGGUGUGCGGUAGACAUACCUGCCGCGCUCUAUAGUCUCUCCUUUGCUCCCCAUCCCGGGUUCUCCAAACUCUGCCCCAGUCAACCAGAAGUGUUGGCCUAUUUUCACAACGUUGCCAGCCGAUAUGGGGUCCUACAACAUGUCGUCUGCCAAACAGAGUGGGAAGGGGCCUACUGGCAGGAAUCCACCCAGACGUGGUCUGUUAAACUGCGGGAUUUAGUCCGUGGCACGGUCUUCUACCAUGAGUGUAAGAUCCUGAUCUCUGCCGUCGGGGCCUUGGUCAAUCCCAAUUCCUUCGAUCUGCCGGGAGUAGAUUCGUUCCGGGGCGAGAUCGUCCACACUGCACGCUGGAAGCGUGGUCUUUCUUUACGAGACAAAAAGGUGGUAGUGGUAGGAAACGGAGCAUCUGCUGCCCAAUUGAUCCCCGCUAUCAUUGACGAAACCAAGUCGAUCACACAGUUCAUCCGAACCCCACAAUACUUCGUCCCCAAUGACAACUGGGACAUCAACACCUUUUGGAAGGCCGUCUUUCGAUGGUUUCCGGGAUUCCUUCUCCUUUUCCGCUUCGUUAUCUUUCUGUCCUUGGAAAUGGCCACGGUCAUGAUUGGCCGAGGGGAGCAGGGCUCUCGUUCACGCCUCGUGGCGGCCAACAAGAGCCAGGCGUACAUGACAGGAUCAACACCAGAAAAGUACUGGCCCCUCUUGGUGCCACAGUACGAAAUUGGCUGUAAACGCAGGGUAUUUGAUAAAGCAAAGUACAUUCCAUGUCUCCGGAACGACAAGCUGCACCUUACCAAGGACCCCAUUGUCGCACUCCAAGAAUCUUCGGUCUUGACUCGCUCGGGCCAAAGCUACCCGGCAGAUGCAGUGAUAUUAGCAACGGGGUUCUCGUUGACCCACUGGAACGUCGAGGUCCGUGGUCGAAGUAAUCGCAGCCGAGAGGACCACUGGAAGGAGUUUGGCUAUAUCGAGGCUUACCAGUCAAUCGGCAUGAAUGGCUUUCCUAAUUUCUUCUACGUGCUGGGGCCAAAUUCGGGACGUGCCCACACGUCCACAUUAUUUGCCAUUGAAAACUAUGCACAUCUUAUUCUUCGGGUCAUCCGGCCCAUCCUUGAAGGACGCGCCGCUUCCGUCGAAGUGAAGCGGGCAUGCGAACAACGCUACAAUGAAGAGCUACACUCCGCCAUCGAGAAGACAGUCUUCACCGACUCUUGUGGCACUUACUUCAACGACAAGCAGACAGGUCGAAACUGGUUCAUCUAUCCUUGGAGUUCACUUCAGAUGUGGUACUCAACGCACUGGGCGGGUCUAGACGACUGGUCGUAUACAACUAUUCCAGCGGAGGGUUGUCUGCGCCGAGAGAAGUCGCUCCUAGAUCUAUGCAAGUGUCGAGAGGACCGGUCUAUCAGCCAGGGAAUCUACCAUUAUUGAAGUCAAUCCUUUUACUGCGUGACAUCGUUUUAUUAUUUUCUCUUUGCUUUCUUUUGCGUUCUCUUUUUUGUGCAUGCAUCUGGUUUGCCCUAGCAUGUUUUUUUUUUUUUUUUUUU